AUGCAUAUGGGCUUGUGUAAUUCACCAGUCAUCAAGGCAAUUUUUCCACAGGAUGGUAAGAUUCAUACAACUGCUGAAACAACCCCAUUCUAUAGAAUGCGGGAGACUUCAAUCGGGGUUCAGUUAGGAGUAAAUGAACACGCCAAGUUUAAUGUCCAGCGGGCUCAGUCUAUUGCGCACGCCGGUUACACCGUUCCAUAUGUCUCAACUUCGGGAGUCCAUACAUCAAGGCUCUCCCUCACAAUGAAUGAAGAUAGUUCCUUAAGAGAUGGCGUAGCCCGUUCUUUAUGUUUUGGUAUGCUGCUGGAGUUUGACAGUGCGAAAAGAAAGUCUUUCCGAGCUUUACUCGAGAUUGAGUCGCAGUCUCGCAAGGAAUUGCCUUUCAAGCUUUGGACAAGCCCAAAGAGAUGGGACUUGUAUUACGACGGUAAAACUGAACUGGGUCAUGUGGACUUCGACACAUAA